AUGAGUCUCCUCGGCUUCUCUAGUCCGAAGCUCUGCCUCCGGAUCGCAUUGUCGACACGCGUCAUACCGAGGCAGGCAAUAUCCAGCUCAUCCCCGAAGCCGCCGAAACGACCCGGGUUCCUCGAGCGAGUAAAAUGGUACAAAGAGGACUCCGCUUCUCCUUCGGGCACCCGCCGCCCUGCGGUGACUGAAAUCCUCACCAUGUACGAGGAGCUGCCUCCUACAUACCGUGACCGUGACGGUUUGCCGUUCUCGAAAAAAGACCUCACGCCUGCCGAAGUCGCGCGAAUCUUCGGCACUAAACUGAAGCCCGAAUUCGCAAAUACCCUGCUCCGAAUUCUACACGGCCGACGUGUGGCUGGUACUCUCGACGAUCCGGCGUACAAGGCGAAUACGGCAUGUUUUACGAAGAAGCAACAGGAGACAGCAUUGGAGUAUUUGAGACAGAAGAUCCCCGUCGACGAAACAAUGAACUCUGGUUUGAGGGCGCAGGACGAGCUUGAGCAGCUGGAAAAGGAAAUGGCCGGAUUGAAGGAGCCAAGCGAAGAGGCUGCUAGCAACAAGGAAGCGCCGACCAGUGUCGCUGGAGAACCGGAGACAACUAGCGCUUCCCCGAAGGACGACGAGCUUGAGAUUAACUAUAAACCGGACCCCGUUUACGGCCACAGCGCCAUAGAUCUUAUCCGGGCCAAGAACCAAGCUCGCAUCAAGGCAGAGGAGAAGCGUAUGGAAGAAGAGAAGAAGGUCAAGGGGGAACCGGUUGCGGGCACGCUUGAGGCCUAUGUCGAGCGCGGCGCGGUCAGCCCCCGAAUGCAAAAAUGGAUGGAGGAAGGUACUUCCGGCAUCGAAGAAGCCCCCGAGCUCUCCACUUGGGACCGUCUGGCACCUUCCAUCACCUUCGCCAUCCUUUUUGUGGGCUCAUGUAUAGGUUUCGCCAUGAUCUAUAAUCCACCGGAGCCAAAGGAUCGAGUUUUCCCCGAGUUUUCGGCAGGUGCCGUGACGGUCGCCACACUUAUCGGUCUCAACUUGGCUGUGUGGAGCUUGUGGAAGAUUCCGCCCCUUUGGCGACUCCUCAACAAUUACUUUAUGCUCGUCGUCGCCAUGCCCAGGCCCGUCACCCUCGUCACAAGUAUGUUCUCUCACCAGAAGCUUAGCCAUCUGGGUCUCAACAUGGCCAUGCUCUACUACAUUGGAAACCGCCUGCACGAUGAGAUUGGCCGGGCAAACUUCCUGGCGCUAUACCUCUCUUCAGGCGUCAUCGGUUACGUAGCCAGUCUCUGCGUUCAUGGCGCGAGCGUGGCUAGUCUCGGCGCGUCGGGUGCCGUUCUAGGCAUUACGGCUGCCUACUUCUGGCUCCAUCUCUGGGACAAGUUCAGGAUCAUGGGCUUCCCGGCCGAACCAAGCGAGGGUGUGGACGGCGUCGCUUUCCUCAUUUCCGUUUUGCUUUGGAACCUCAUUGCUGCCUUUGCGCCAUCGAAGGCGGCUCAAGCUGAUCUGGCGUCACAUAUGGGAGGACUCCUCUCUGGCAUUGGGUUGGUCCACGUUCUCCAGAAUGUAGCCAAGACAAUUUCCGCGGACGACGCUGAGGACAAGGAUGAGGGCCCUAAUGGCGUCCAAGGAAAGGAUGCAGGCACGUAUGUCGUGCCCAGCGUUAGCCCGGACGCAGGUGUCGACGCGCCGAGCCCGUCGCAGCAACAUGCACCCGGCCAAGAACGGAGAUCGAAGUCUUUCGAUCUGUGGGGCACGAAGCACGGGGGAUCUUAA